AUGCAGGAUCACUUCUGUGUCUUCUUGGGCAGUAGUGUGCAAGGUACCAUCACCCUCAGCCAUCUGGGGCUCACCCAGAAAUGUCUUGCAUACAAAUGCGGAGCCAUAUGUGGAUUCCGAGCACAAAGUCGUUGUCGUCAGAUCCCGAUACCUCUGCUUGCCUUUUGUCCAGAAUGGACAGAUAAUGGGGUGCAGCAUGGCGUCCUUAGAAGAGAUCCUGAAGGGAGUGCGGUCGAUCGUGGAGGAGAAGGGCAUGGAGUGGCUGCAAGAGCAGCUGGAAGCCCCGAGCACGUCGCCAAGGAGGUCAUCCACGAGAUCAUAGCGGGAACAGGCGGACAGGAGUCGGAGUUCCAUGGAUGCUCUGGUGCCAGCCGAGGCAGACAGAAGGACAGCUCCCCCACGGCCUUCGGCGGCCGGGGGCUUCAGCGGUUGGACGGUGUGGAUAUUUGGCCAUUCGUAUAUCUAUUGGGCACAGAAGAGGGCUGCAGUUCGAAGGAACGGAACACAGCUGGGCUUUCCUGUGGACUGAGUGGCGUUAUCCUGAGCAAGAUGGCCUCACAUAAAUUGUUUAAGGAAAUUGGGAACGCCAGCAUUGUGACCGAAUUCAUCUUGCUUGGACUCUCUACAGACCCCAAUGCACAAGUCUUAUUAUUCAUAGUCUUUCUGAUUAUCUACAUGGCCACACUGGCCGGUAACAUUCUUCUCAUUACAGCCGUGAAAACUGACAAACGUCUACACAGCUCAAUGUAUUUAUUUCUCGCUAAUCUCGCUUUUAUGGAUAUUUGUUAUACCUCAAUCAUCAUUCCCAGAAUGCUUAGGGAUUUUCUCACCAUGAAUAAACUUAUUUCACUCAAGGUUUGCACAGUGCAAAUUUUUUUCUAUCUUUUUCUGGCAGAAAGUGAAUGUGUCCUUUUGGCUUUUAUGGCAUACGAUCGUUAUGUUGCGAUCUGUAACCCCCUACGCUAUAACAUAGUUAUGAACAUUCCGUUCUGUACUCGGAUGAUAGCUGCUGCAUGGAUGACUGGUUAUGUUAUAUCUUUUGUUGAUGCUUUAUUUCUCUACUGGUUGAAAUACUGUGAUCCUAAAGUCAUAGAUCACUUUUUCUGUGAGAGUGCAUCCUUAAUAGAGCUAGUCUGUCAUGAUUACCCUGUGCUUACUAUUGUAAUAUAUGUUGGCGACGCUAUUCUUCUUCUGACUCCAGUAGUACUUGUUUUGUUUUCUUACAUUCGUAUUAUUGCUUCUAUUGUGAGAAUACGUUCAGGAGGCUCAAAAUCAUUCUCCACGUGUUUCUCACAUUUGAUUGUCGUGGUCCUUUUUUAUGGAACUGCAAUGUUCACAUACAUGCGACCGAGGCAUGCGGUAACACAUGCAACAGGUAAACUGGUUUCAGUAUUUUAUACCAUAGUCACCCCCAUGUUAAACCCUCUGAUUUAUAGCCUGAGGAAUAAAGAUGUACAAAGAGCUGUAAAAAAAAUUGCAAGAUGUAUUUCUUUUACAUAA